UAACUUUGUCUCAUUGAAAGAAGCUCGUAUUCAGGCGAUACCACAUAAUCACAAUAUUCAGGUAGUUAAAGGUAAUACAAUUGGAGCAGACAUGGCCUUCGGAAAUGUGGCGUUACUGUUGGCAGUUCUAAUAAAUAUAAGCGGUUAUACUUGCAGUAGCGGGCAAACAGUGUGUGAAUCAAAUCCAUGUUGGAAUGGAGGGAAAUGCUUUGAAGAAAGGAAUGGUAAUCUUACAUGUGAUUGCCCACCUGGGUAUAACGGCUUAUAUUGUGAAAGUGGCAUUGGUGAUUGGGGGAUUACAGCGUAGGACGUGAAUCUAUAAAAUAAAUUGUUAUACAUGUGAUGGAAAGCUGGGUACACAUGUGACAAUUAUGAAAAGCUGUGAAGACACCAAAAAUAUGAAAUUAAAUGUCACAGAGAAAAUAAGUACAGGGUGAUUCAAAAAUUAACGUCACCUUCCAAACAGGGUGUACCUCUGCCGCAUACUCUUGCGUAAAUUUUUUACUAUUCUUCAAGAUACAUUUUUUCUUAAAUGGGAAUUUCUGUCUUAGCCAUCGAGUCAUUUCUGGAUUGCUUUC